UGGAUAGAGGCUUUGCCGCUCACAGUCACAGCCUCACAGGAGGUCGCUGCGGUGGUUCAGUACUUCAGUUCGCCAUGGAAGGUGCAGUCGGCCAAAUGGUCGUCCCGGUCCUCGGCAUCGUUGCCGCGGCCGCCGUGACCUUCUACACCGUCAGCUUCAUGGAGAUGCGAGACAAAUCUUUCGAGGAGCUCGACGAGAAGUACUCGGAGCUCGACGAGUCAGGCGGACGGCAGCGCCGGUCUCGCCGGAGGGCCGAGCGCGACAGGAAGAGAGCGAAAUGAUUGACCACCACACACACCGCCGAUCUUAUGAAUUUGUUGAUUUGGAGAUAUGCCGGUUAAUUCAUAGGGGUGAGUGUGCAUGUACCUACUGAAGCAGCUAAAACGAUGGAUUUGUUUAAACGACUCCAUAUAUAAUGUACCCUCUGCUGUUCUUCGGUUCUAUCAGGACUUGUAAAACAAAUUUCCCCUAAA